AUGAAGACGGUUCAGAUCAUGAAUAGAAGGUUAGACCAUAUACAUAGAGAAUUCGUGCCGGAAAGAGAUUCUUACUACGCCCCAGAACACGAAGCCGAAGAAGCCUACACUCGAAGCCAACUUGUUCCCCAAGACAGUCUGGUGAACGGUCUUGCUAGCAUAGAGGCCACGGUAUUGAUGCUAUCUAAUAGCCUAUCCAGAACGGACUUGUUGCCGGUCGGUUCGGCUGGAUGGUCUUCAAAUCUUGUAACUUUAUGGGGCAUCACACCAGAGCGGCUAGCACCAAAUAUAUCACAAGUCUGGACCUCGCUCCUAACCUUUUGGAGAGAAGAAUGGGGGGCUAUCGCUUUUCCAAAAAAUAACAACUUGGACACUUUCAUAAUCCUGCAAAUGCUAAAACUCGACAUACACGAGGAGGGAGGCGAAGGUGAGAUCUACGCCACCAACGUAUGCCAUACACCAGUGAAGUCGAUCUUAUCGCCUUCCUCACCUACCACGCCACCUCAUUCGGUUAGAAGACACCAGAUUUCGAUUAUUGUUUACAUGACUGACAUGAAGAGUAUCGCUCUGAGGGCCCGAUUGAUGAUAAGGAAUGCGACAAUGUGGAGGAUUUUAUCAGGGAACGGGAAAGACAGCAGGAGUAGUAUGAGUACUCUUGGGAUGAAUAUGAGGAAGAAGGUGGGCUUGAGGCAGGCCUAUUUGGCCUUGGUAAUGUUAUUGAUUCUGAGGGAGAUGAGACUGAAGCAUAGGUUGAGUAUCUGGAGGAUGAGUGAGGUUGGUGACAGGGGCAGAUAUUCUGCAGGUAUGGUGGGAAUUGGUCUCAGUCCAGUCGCAAUGCUCUGCCCUCCGCCGAUUAAAGCAUGUGAGUGCAAGCCCCAGAAUAUCAUCAGUGAAGCGAAAGCAAAAACGGCUACUGAAAUACAGGAAAACCACCGGAUGAUACACCUGUCGAAACCCGCGAAAGACUUGCAGCCUCAUACAGCCUUCACGUAUGAAUGCGUGACAGUGGCACCGUUGCGGCAUCAAGUCAGUUUAUGGGGUUGA